UAUUAACGAGGUGCUGUACCUUUAAGAGCGGAAACAGUUCCUGUUCUCAUCCGCCCUCCUCUCUGUUUAAUGACGCUUUUAUCAGCUUUCAUCUGAUGCUCUGAAACACGAAUGCAUACAUAAAUACAUUACAGGUUUGUAGGGCCUGUUUGGCUCUGAAAAUGAUGGGUGAGGUCUGAUCUUUCCGCAUUUGACUUAAACCAACCUUCUGUUCUCCAUCAAGAUGGCAUCAUGUGUUUCCGGCUGCUCCCCGAUGGUAAGAUUCUAUCAGAAACUGAACAGACUGAAGACGUUGGAGGACGAUGUAAUGGCAACAUCACUGAAACGUUGUCUCUCCACGGUGGACCUGGCACUGCUCGGUGUAGGUGGAAUGGUGGGUUCGGGCCUGUAUGUUCUCACAGGAACCGUUGCGAAAGACACGGCAGGACCCGCCGUAGUGGUGUCUUUCAUCAUAGCAGGCAUAGCAUCUCUCAUGGCGGCACUGUGCUAUGCUGAAUUUGGCGCUCGUGUACCAAAGACAGGCUCCGCCUACAUGUUUACCUACGUCUCGGUUGGGGAAAUCUGGGCCUUCCUCAUUGGCUGGAAUGUCAUUUUGGAGUACAUGAUCGGUGGAGCUGCAGUAGCCCGUGCGUGGAGCGGCUAUCUGGACUCUAUUUUCAAUCACCGUAUCCAGAACUUCACAGAGAGUCAUGUGAUGCGCUGGAACGUUCCCUUCCUCGCUCAUUACCCAGACCUCCUAGCAGCUGCCAUUCUUAUUCUGGCUUCCUUUUUAAUUUCGUUUGGUGUUCGUGUGUCAUCUUGGCUCAAUCACAUCUUCUCAGCCGUCAGUAUGGUGGUCAUUGCCUUUAUCCUGGUGUUUGGAUUCAUACUGGCGGAUCCGGCCAACUGGAGCGCUCGGGAGGGAGGUUUUGCCCCGUUCGGAUUCUCGGGUAUAAUGGCUGGGACUGCAACAUGCUUCUAUGCCUUCGUCGGUUUUGAUGUAAUAGCAGCAUCCAGCGAGGAAGCCAGCAAUCCUCAGAGGGCCAUUCCUGCAGCCACAGCCAUCUCAUUGGGCCUGGCAGCCACAGCGUACAUUCUGGUGUCUACAGUUCUCACACUGAUGGUUCCAUGGCAUACGCUAGAUCCAAACUCAGCGCUGUCAGACGCAUUCUUCAGACGAGGUUACAGUUGGGCCGGGUUCAUCGUGGCUGUGGGCUCCAUCUGUGCCAUGAACACUGUGUUGCUCAGCAACCUCUUCUCCCUCCCGCGAAUCGUGUAUGCCAUGUCCGAGGACGGCCUCUUCUUCUCUGUCUUCUCCCGUGUCAACCCUGUAACUAAAGUUCCUGUCAUCGCCAUUCUUGUUUUUGGCAGUCUAAUGGCAUUUCUUGCUCUCAUCUUUGAUCUGGAGGCUCUGGUCCAGUUCCUCUCGAUCGGCACUUUGCUGGCUUACACAUUUGUAGCGGCUAGCAUCAUAGUGCUCCGUUUCCAACCGGAUAAAAGCAGCGGUAGCUCGGGAGGAGGUGGCGUCAAAACAGACGCUUCGUCCCCACCAUCACUGAACCAAUCAGGACAGCAGGUGGACCCAUCUCCUGUAGCGGGUGAGAGUCACACCUUUGCACAGGACAGCGGAGAGCUGAAGGAGUACGAGUCCUUUUCUGAUAAACUUCAGCUGGUGGAGAGGCAGAAGGCUGUGAAGGAAAGACGGGCACCUGGCACGUUGAAGGCUCGAUGGGAGCCGUAUCUGGGACGCUUGCUGGGGGACUGUGAGCCGGGGGAGGUGGUGACGUUCUGUGUGAUGGCUCUGAUGGUGAGCGGAGUCUCUCUUAGUGCCGUGUUGGUGUUUGGGAAUAAUCAGCUGCACCUGCCGGUGUGGAGCAUCACCCUGUUACUGGUCAUCUUCAGUCUGGUCUUCAUGCUUAGUUUGUUUCUCAUCUGGGUCCAUGAACAGCAGGCCAAUCACAAGACUUUUCAGGUUCCUCUGGUGCCGUUCAUUCCUGGCUUCAGCAUCCUCCUGAAUGUGUUUCUCAUGUUGAAGUUAAGUCCUCUCACCUGGAUCCGUUUCAUCAUUUGGGUCGCAGCAGGUCUUCUGGUGUAUUUUGGGUAUGGCAUCUGGCACAGUAAAGAGGGUUUACGAGAGCAGCAGGGACAGGACGUAUCCGCUCGAUAUGUGGUUCUCCCUAGCGGAAGUCUGGUGGAGACGGUCCAGAACGUGCAGCCUGAAGGACACGCUCAUAACACACUUACACCAGACAACCCACCUGACAACAGAUGAUUUGACCAUGAGGUGUGUUUACUGGACACCUGCAUGCCUGUUUGCUGCUUUGUUUCUCUUUCCUUUACUGCUGUUAUCAAGUUGUUCUAUUCAUGUCAAGAUAAACCAAACUGUUCAACACCGUCUGAAAACACCAAGACAUUCUUUUGGGUCAAAUCAACUUUCGUUUUUGGCAUUUUAAUCACAAUUGAUUAAUCAUAACUGGUCAUUGUUUCAUUCUUUGUUCCAUUUAUCUCUCUUAUGUAAUAUACAGUGCACCUUCACUGCGUUUAGCCAUUACACUGACUUGUAUGUCAAUUAUAUAUGAGAGUAAGUGGCUCAAACAGAUUCAGAUCUCCAUUGUGUUUUAUGGUGUUUGCACAGAGCUAGGUGGACCUCACCUGCUGCUCUGUGAAAGCUGAAACCUUUAAGACAGGCUGCUGUUUAUCUUUUAAACACUGAAGAAACAUUUCAUUCCACAAGAAUAUGACCAACAGGAUGUUUGAAAUCCGUGCUACACUACCAGACAAAAGUUUGACAAACACAUCACUGAUGCUUUGUAUGAUUUUUUCCAUCUAUAGGCUUUUGCUUAAAGGUCUAAAGUGAGUUUUCUAGACAAAUAAAUUAUGCCUACAUUUGCAUUUCUCUAAAAAACUGAGAAAAAAGAUGAGUUGGACCAAAUAGUUGAGGAAAGCAGCCAACAAGUAUCCAGUCAUCUGAACCCAUGCAAUAUUGGUUGAAUAUGGUAUGACGGUAUAUUUUCCUAUUACGUGCACCGCGAUAUGUAAAUAAGUGGGUGUGGCUGUGAUUAAAAUAGUAAUGUUAUUGAUGUAUUAAUUUAUGUAGUUAUGUUAAAAGUUUUGACUGGUAGUGUAUAGACGGUUUUAGCGGCAACACAUAAGCGAAAUGUGGGCCAAACUUACGGUAGACCUCCGCAAAAAUCUAUAACUGUUGAGUCAUUUUAAUUUAAUUUGAUGCAAUUAAAUAUUAAUUUAAGUUAAUCUAAAUAUAAAUUAAAUACUAAAUAAACUGUUAUGUUACUAGCCAGCCAGACCGAUAACCAAACACAGACUGGAAGUGAACUUCGGGCCAGACACGUGUGUCCGAUGAAACCGUCUAUAAUAUAAUGCGGUUUACAAUGGAAGACACUACGGCAUGGUCUAUACUGUGUUUGGAAAAUACUGAAGAUAUCUCUUUUUUAAGAUAUGGGAAAUAAUGACAAUCACGGGUUGAACAUUAAAAUUGUGGUCUGUUUAAAGGUCUGCCAGUGUCUAAGCAAAUGCUGUUAUGGGAUCAUGUGGAUCUACUCAAAUCUAUCCCCCUUCCCCCUAUAUAUCACACACACACACACACACACACACACGCUCUUAUUGUGUCUGUCUCGACAGAAGGCAAGCAGCGUCCAUUGAUCACAUGAUUAUACUGAAACAUUACCGCUUUCACAUUUACUCCACACACACACACACACACGCACGCACACGCACACACGCACACGCACGCACGCACGCACGCACGCACGCACACACACACAGUUGUAAUUUGGUAGCAUCUGGCUCUUAUACACUCCACCUAAUUCAUAUUUAUGUUUAUACAGUAGAUCUGUGUAUUUAUUUAUUUUACAGUAUUUUCUAAAACCAGCUUUUACAUUUUUUGUAAAACAGUUCACUAUUCCUGUGAUGUUACAGCAAUUUAUUUUAUUGUGCAAAUUUUUUCUGUUUUUCAUGUGUUUGUAAGAUGGGCGUUAUAUGAGCUGCUUGUGAGUAAAUUUAUUUGCUUUCAUGCUCUGACACACCUGUCUGGCCUUACCUGUACAAACACACACACAUUCACAAGCCCUUACUUAAGCAUUCUUCUCUAAUCCUUUCAUCCACAUCUCAUGUGACAUGUUCACACACACUAAACUGCCCUUAUUCUCACACAGUGUGACAUAACAGUACAGGGACACUUCAGCAUAAUACUGGCUCUCAACAAGGUACUGUAUCAUUUGUGGCGGCAAGUCAUUUGUUUGUUACAACUGAAUACAAAAAUGCUAUGUGGCACAAAACAGCUUAUUAUAUUUAAUAGAGUUAAGUGGAGCAAGAUUUUGCAUCUUUGAGAUUUCAUAAUGGGUUGUGCUAGCUAAGUGACUACCAAAAUAUCCUGUCACGUGUCAUCUUUUAUCCCAACUGCUUGUUACUUUAUUUCAGAACACCUGGUUAUAACACAGCGUUGCCUUCAUGUGUGCAUUAGAAACGGAUGCUAAGAUUAAUGACCUGCCAGUUUGUAUGCAGUAAGAAUAUUCCCACAUACAGUAUAUUAGCUGUAAAAUAUGCACUAUCGGUUGUUUUGUGUAUGAGAACAUGCUACAGUAGAUCACUGCUAGCUAUUUUAAAAGCUCGGUCUGAGAAGCACAGACAUUUAUAUCAUCACAAGCACAAAGCAAGCAGAAAAGAGCUUGCGUAUGGUGCACAGUACAUCACACAUGAUUUUAAAGUAUGGCAGACAAAUGCGAGAUUGGGAUAUAUUUUCAAGCCCCUGUAAUCUCCCCGCCUCAACCCUAACAGAUUGACCCAGAUUAUCAUCCAGAGAGAGUGAAUGCAGAUCAGCGCUCAGACCACGCCAUUCAUGUCGAGUCAUUCUGCUUCCUGUUGCUUCUGUACACACGUACUGACCCUCCCUUGAUAUUAAGAAUGUAACCGCACACUACAGUUUUCUCAAAACUGCAUUAUAUAUUGCUUUAUUCCUCUAUUUCCAUGUAUUAGUGGUGCUAUAUCCGAUUGCCACAUUGUUUUUAUCUGCUCAGAUCCAUUUAGACCAAGAUUAUGUUUGUGGUUUGUGUUUUGGGAUGUACUAAAUGUUUAUAUUUUUUGCUUGUUUGAAACAGUUAAGUGAAAAACAUUUGGUUGUUUUAUGCUGUCUUAUUUAUUUGGUUUCACUCUACCCAAUGUUAUACAGAGUCUUAAAGGGACAGUUCACCCAAAAAUGUUAAAUUCGGUCAUUAUUUUCUCACGCGCUAGUUGUUCCAAACCGGUAUAAAUUUCUCUGUUCUGUAGAACACAAGUAGUGUUAGUUUCCUAGUACCAUAGUAGUUUCCUAGAACAUUAAUGUUACAAACAUUCUUCCAAAUAUAUUUUAGUGUUCAGCAAGCCAACUAAAUUUAUACAAGUUUUAAGCAACUUGAGGUUGAGAAAUAAUGACAAUGUUUGGGUGAAUUGGACGGUCACACUGGUUCCAUUCACUUCCAUUAAUAGAUAUUUGAACACAAGAGACCAAAAACGCAAGCUGCUAAGAAACUGCGUUUUGCUACAUGCAAAAUUUUACGUUUGACCUGCAAAUUUAAAUGAUGACAACACUGAGAAUCUGUCACAGACAUGUGCUGCUAAAACAUAUGGGCAAGGACCUUUUGCUAGAUCUAAUGCACCUAAACACUUUUAUUUCAUGUGCAAUGAUUUUUGAGCUCAACACAUGUUGAUUCGCCCCCAGCUAGAUUAAUAGUUUGUCUUUAUUUGACUGAGAUAGUAAAAGGCACAAAACCUCACAUUGUUUUAGUUGAAUUCAGUUGUCUUCGGUGGCUCAGACAGGAAAGACGCUGCAUCAGAUGUACAAUGUCCAUAAGAGAAACUCCCUUUACUGAGCGAGUGCUGUGACCCGGGUGUGUUUAUACCCUUUAACUCAAUCUGUUUCCUACUUUAUUUAACAGCUGUCUGGAAUUUGUAUCGAAGUCUGUCUGCCAGUUCAGUCUGCUGCAUAAUCCACUUCAUGUCGUUCUGACAGCCAGGCUUAGUUGCACAAGGCCGAUAUGAAGACAUGGCGUAGAUUUGCAGUUGAAGGCACAAGAUACAGAUUACAAGAUUACGGUGUAAAUAUUGUCUUUGUAUUUGUAAAUGUAGCACACGUAACCAAUGGCCUUAAUGAUACACAUACUGAAGCAUUCCCAAAGUUUGCAAUUUAGCUUCUGUAGUCUUUAGUCUUAUUUGUACUUUUGUGUUAUUUAAAAGUAUUGUACAAAAGAGGAAUGUGAUCCGUUUUUCUACACAUUUUGCAUUUAUUUUUUGGAUUGUUUCCCCGUUGGCCUGUCUUCUUGCAUUCUUUAAAAAAGUACCAAUUCUCUUUGUUGUGUUACUGAGCAUAUACCUCUGUUUUGGUCUUUGUAAUGUUCUGUUAUCAAGAGAUUAUUUAAAGAUGUAUAGAUGUAUUAUUAUCUAGUGACAAAUAAAUGUUUUGAA